GAGAGCUCAUUUCGAAGGAAAAAUGGAUGAACCAUCCUCCUUGGCUAAACCUCUGGAACUGAAUCAACAUUCGAGAUUUAUGAUUGGCUCUGUAUCUGAAGAUAACUCGGAGGAUGAGAUUAGCAGCCUGGUAAAGCUGGACCUGCUGGAGGAGAAGGAGGGUUCACUGUCACCAGCUUCCGUUGGCUCAGAUACUCUCUCUGAUUUAGGGAUCUCUAGCUUACAGGAUGGUUUGGCCUUACACAUGAGGUCCAGCAUGUCUGGCUUGCACCUAGUAAAGCAAGGUCGAGACCGAAAGAAAAUAGACUCACAAAGAGAUUUCACUGUAGCUUCUCCAGCAGAAUUUGUUACCCGCUUUGGAGGAAAUAAAGUGAUUGAGAAGGUUCUAAUUGCCAAUAAUGGCAUUGCAGCAGUGAAGUGCAUGAGGUCUAUCCGUCGAUGGUCUUAUGAAAUGUUUAGAAAUGAACGUGCAAUUCGAUUUGUUGUUAUGGUUACACCUGAAGACCUUAAAGCCAAUGCAGAAUACAUUAAGAUGGCAGAUCAUUAUGUGCCAGUGCCUGGAGGACCAAACAACAACAAUUAUGCAAAUGUGGAACUAAUCAUUGAUAUAGCUAAAAGGAUUCCAGUACAAGCAGUGUGGGCUGGCUGGGGUCAUGCUUCAGAGAAUCCCAAGCUUCCAGAACUUCUUUUGAAAAAUGGUUUCGCCUUCAUGGGUCCUCCUAGCCAGGCCAUGUGGGCUUUGGGGGAUAAGAUUGCUUCUUCCAUAGUGGCUCAAACUGCAGGUAUUCCAACUCUUCCCUGGAGUGGCAGUGGUCUUCGUGUGGACUGGCAGGAAAAUGACUUUUCAAAACGCAUCUUAAGUGUUCCCCAAGAACUUUAUGAAAAAGGUUAUGUAAAGGAUGUGGAUGAUGGAAUGAAGGCAGCAGAGGAAGUUGGAUAUCCAGUAAUGAUCAAGGCCUCUGAAGGAGGAGGAGGAAAGGGAAUUAGAAAAGUGAAUAAUGCAGAUGACUUCCCUAACCUCUUCAGACAGGUUCAAGCAGAAGUCCCUGGAUCACCUAUAUUUGUAAUGAGAUUAGCCAAACAAUCUCGUCAUCUAGAAGUUCAGAUCUUAGCAGAUCAGUAUGGCAAUGCCAUAUCUUUGUUUGGUCGUGAUUGCUCAGUACAGCGGAGGCAUCAGAAGAUUAUUGAAGAGGCACCUGCUGCUAUUGCUACUCCAGCAGUAUUUGAACAUAUGGAACAGUGUGCGGUGAAACUGGCCAAGAUGGUUGGUUAUGUGAGUGCUGGAACUGUUGAAUACCUCUACAGCCAAGAUGGCAGCUUCUACUUUCUGGAAUUGAAUCCCCGGCUACAGGUGGAGCACCCUUGUACAGAGAUGGUGGCUGAUGUCAAUCUCCCUGCAGCACAACUCCAGAUUGCCAUGGGGAUCCCUCUGUACAGAAUCAAGGAUAUCCGUAUGAUGUAUGGAGUAUCUCCUUGGGCCGAUGCACCCAUUGAUUUUGAAAAUUCUGCUCAUGUUCCUUGCCCAAGGGGCCAUGUUAUUGCUGCUCGGAUCACUAGUGAAAAUCCAGAUGAGGGCUUUAAGCCAAGCUCAGGAACAGUUCAAGAGCUGAAUUUCCGCAGCAAUAAGAAUGUGUGGGGUUAUUUCAGUGUUGCUGCUGCAGGGGGACUUCAUGAAUUUGCUGAUUCCCAAUUUGGGCACUGCUUUUCUUGGGGAGAAAACAGAGAGGAAGCAAUUUCAAACAUGGUGGUGGCUUUGAAGGAACUAUCUAUUCGCGGUGACUUUCGAACUACAGUUGAAUACCUGAUCAAAUUAUUAGAGACGGAAAGCUUUCAGUUGAAUAGAAUUGAUACCGGCUGGCUGGACAGACUGAUAGCAGAAAAAGUACAGGCAGAGCGACCUGACACCAUGUUGGGAGUUGUGUGUGGAGCUCUCCAUGUGGCAGAUGUGAGCCUACGGAACAGCAUCUCUAACUUCCUUCAUUCCUUAGAAAGGGGUCAAGUCCUUCCUGCUCACACACUUCUGAAUACAGUAGAUGUUGAACUUAUCUAUGAGGGAGUCAAGUAUGUACUUAAGGUAACCCGCCAGUCCCCCAACUCCUAUGUUGUGAUCAUGAAUGGCUCCUGUGUGGAGGUUGAUGUGCAUCGACUGAGUGAUGGUGGGCUGCUAUUGUCCUAUGAUGGCAGUAGUUAUACCACGUACAUGAAGGAGGAGGUGGAUCGAUAUCGCAUUACAAUUGGCAAUAAAACCUGUGUGUUUGAGAAGGAAAAUGACCCUUCAGUGAUGCGUUCACCUUCUGCUGGGAAGUUAAUCCAGUACAUUGUGGAAGAUGGAGGCCAUGUGUUUGCUGGCCAGUGCUAUGCUGAGAUUGAGGUGAUGAAGAUGGUAAUGACCUUAACAGCUGCAGAAUCUGGUUGUGUUCAUUAUGUCAAGCGACCUGGAGCGGCUCUUGAUCCAGGAUGUGUAAUAGCUAAAAUGCAGUUGGACAACCCCAGCAAGGUCCAGCAGGCUGAGCUUCACACAGGUAGUCUUCCUCGGAUCCAGAGCACAGCUCUCAGAGGCGAGAAGCUUCAUCGAGUGUUCCACUAUGUCCUGGAUAAUCUGGUCAAUGUAAUGAAUGGAUACUGCCUCCCGGAUCCUUUCUUUAGCAACAGGGUGAAAGACUGGGUAGAAAGGUUGAUGAAGACUCUCAGAGAUCCAUCAUUGCCUCUCCUAGAAUUACAAGAUAUCAUGACCAGUGUCUCUGGCCGUAUCCCUCCCAAUGUGGAGAAAUCUAUCAAGAAAGAAAUGGCUCAGUAUGCUAGCAACAUCACAUCAGUUCUUUGUCAGUUUCCUAGCCAGCAGAUUGCCAACAUUCUAGAUAGCCAUGCAGCAACAUUGAACCGGAAAUCUGAACGGGAAGUUUUCUUCAUGAAUACUCAGAGUAUUGUCCAACUGGUACAGAGGUACCGAAGUGGCAUCCGAGGCCAUAUGAAAGCUGUAGUGAUGGACCUGUUGCGACAGUACCUACGAGUAGAGACACAGUUUCAGAGUGGUCACUAUGACAAAUGUGUGUUUGCCCUUCGGGAAGAGAACAAGAGUGACAUGAACACUGUACUAAACUAUAUCUUCUCUCAUGCUCAAGUCACCAAGAAGAAUCUUCUAGUCACGAUGCUUAUUGAUCAAUUGUGUGGCCGGGAUCCAACCCUUACUGAUGAGCUGCUGAAUAUCCUCACAGAGCUAACUCAACUCAGUAAGACUACAAAUGCUAAAGUGGCACUUCGAGCUCGCCAGGUUCUCAUUGCUUCCCAUUUACCAUCAUAUGAACUUCGUCAUAACCAAGUAGAGUCAAUCUUUCUCUCAGCUAUUGACAUGUAUGGACAUCAGUUUUGCAUUGAAAACCUGCAGAAACUCAUCUUAUCCGAAACAUCUAUUUUUGAUGUUCUACCAAAUUUCUUCUAUCACAGCAACCAGGUAGUGAGAAUGGCAGCUCUGGAGGUGUAUGUUCGAAGGGCUUAUAUUGCCUACGAACUGAACAGUGUGCAGCACCGCCAGCUUAAGGACAACACGUGUGUGGUGGAAUUCCAGUUCAUGCUGCCCACAUCACAUCCAAACAGAGGGAACAUCCCCACGCUAAACAGAAUGUCCUUCUCCUCCAACCUCAACCAUUACGGCAUGACUCAUGUGGCUAGUGUCAGUGAUGUGCUACUGGACAAUUCAUUCACGCCCCCAUGCCAGCGGAUGGGUGGAAUGGUCUCUUUCCGGACUUUUGAAGAUUUUGUCAGGAUCUUUGAUGAAGUGAUGGGUUGUUUCUGUGACUCUCCACCCCAAAGCCCCACAUUCCCUGAGGCAGGUCACACAUCUUUAUAUGAUGAAGACAAGGUCCCCAGGGAUGAACCAAUUCAUAUCCUGAAUGUGGCUAUCAAGACUGACUGUGAUAUUGAGGACGACAGCCUGGCAGCUAUGUUCAGAGAGUUUACCCAACAAAAUAAAGCUACCCUGGUUGAACAUGGAAUACGGCGUCUUACUUUCUUAGUUGCACAGAAGGAUUUCAGAAAACAAGUCAACUAUGAGGUGGAUCAGAGAUUUCAUAGAGAAUUCCCUAAAUUUUUCACAUUCAGAGCAAGGGAUAAGUUUGAGGAGGAUCGUAUCUAUCGUCACCUGGAGCCUGCCCUAGCUUUCCAGUUAGAGUUGAACCGAAUGAGGAAUUUUGACCUCACUGCCAUUCCAUGUGCUAAUCACAAAAUGCAUCUGUAUCUUGGAGCAGCCAAAGUGGAAGUGGGCACAGAAGUGACAGAUUAUAGGUUCUUUGUUCGUGCAAUCAUCAGACAUUCUGAUCUGGUCACCAAGGAAGCAUCUUUUGAAUAUCUACAAAAUGAAGGGGAGCGGUUGCUCCUAGAAGCAAUGGAUGAGUUGGAGGUCGCUUUUAACAAUACAAAUGUUCGCACAGACUGUAACCACAUCUUCCUCAACUUUGUACCCACAGUCAUCAUGGACCCAUCAAAGAUUGAGGAAUCUGUGCGGAGCAUGGUAAUGCGCUAUGGAAGCCGGCUGUGGAAAUUACGCGUCCUCCAGGCAGAACUGAAAAUCAACAUUCGCCUGACACCAACUGGAAAAGCAAUUCCCAUUCGCCUUUUCCUGACAAACGAGUCUGGCUAUUACUUGGACAUCAGCCUGUACAAAGAAGUGACUGAUUCCAGAACAGCACAGAUUAUGUUUCAAGCAUAUGGAGACAAGCAGGGACCAUUGCAUGGAAUGUUAAUCAAUACUCCAUAUGUGACCAAAGAUCUACUCCAAUCUAAGAGGUUUCAAGCGCAGUCCCUAGGGACAACCUAUAUAUAUGAUAUCCCAGAAAUGUUUCGGCAGUCCCUGAUCAAGCUGUGGGAGUCUAUGUCUGCUCAGGCAUUCCUUCCAUCACCCCCUUUGCCUUCUGACAUACUGACAUACACUGAACUCGUGUUGGAUGAUCAAGGCCAGUUGGUCCACAUGAACAGGCUUCCAGGAGGAAAUGAGAUUGGCAUGGUAGCCUGGAAAAUGAUGCUUAAAAGUCCUGAAUAUCCAGAAGGCCGAGAUAUCAUUGUUAUUGGCAAUGACAUCACAUAUCGAAUUGGAUCCUUUGGACCCCAGGAGGAUUUGCUGUUUCUCAGAGCUUCUGAGCUUGCCAGGGCAGAGGGAAUUCCACGCAUCUAUGUAGCAGCUAAUAGUGGAGCAAGAAUUGGACUGGCUGAAGAAAUUCGUCACAUGUUUCAUGUGGCUUGGGUUGAUCCUGAGGAUCCUUACAAGGGAUACAAAUAUCUAUACUUGACCCCUCAAGAUUAUAAGAGAGUCAGUGCUCUCAACUCUGUCUAUUGUGAACAUGUGGAGGAUGAAGGAGAAUCCAGGUACAAGAUAACAGAUAUUAUUGGAAAGGAAGAGGGACUUGGAGCAGAGAACCUUAGAGGUUCUGGAAUGAUUGCUGGAGAAUCCUCAUUGGCCUAUGAUGAGAUCAUCACUAUCAGCUUGGUUACAUGCCGGGCCAUUGGAAUUGGGGCUUAUCUUGUCCGACUGGGACAGAGAACCAUCCAGGUUGAAAAUUCUCACUUAAUUCUUACAGGAGCUGGAGCUCUCAACAAAGUUCUUGGGCGGGAGGUAUACACCUCCAACAACCAGUUGGGGGGCAUCCAGAUCAUGCACAACAAUGGAGUUACCCACAGCACUGUCUGUGAUGACUUUGAGGGAGUGUUCACGAUCCUGCACUGGCUGUCCUACAUGCCUAAGAGUGUGCACAGUUCUGUUCCUCUUCUGAACUCCAAGGAUCCAAUCGAUAGAAUCAUCGAGUUUGUUCCCACAAAGGCUCCAUAUGAUCCCCGCUGGAUGCUAGCAGGCCGUCCUCAUCCAACUCAGAAAGGUCAGUGGCUGAGUGGAUUUUUUGACUAUGGCUCUUUCUCGGAGAUCAUGCAACCCUGGGCCCAGACUGUGGUAGUAGGAAGAGCCAGGCUAGGAGGAAUACCAGUGGGAGUGGUUGCCGUAGAAACCCGAACAGUGGAACUCAGUAUUCCAGCUGAUCCUGCAAACCUGGAUUCUGAAGCAAAGAUAAUCCAGCAGGCUGGACAAGUUUGGUUCCCAGACUCUGCUUUUAAGACCUUUCAAGCUAUCAAGGACUUCAACCGUGAAGGGCUACCUUUGAUGGUUUUUGCCAAUUGGAGAGGCUUCUCUGGUGGAAUGAAAGACAUGUACGACCAGGUGCUGAAGUUUGGAGCUUACAUCGUGGACGGCCUGCGGGAGUGCUCUCAGCCCGUGAUGGUGUACAUUCCUCCACAGGCAGAACUGCGCGGUGGCUCCUGGGUGGUGAUUGAUCCCACCAUUAACCCCCGCCACAUGGAGAUGUAUGCCGACCGAGAAAGCAGGGGAUCAGUUCUGGAGCCCGAAGGGACAGUAGAAAUCAAAUUCCGCAAAAAGGAUCUGGUGAAAACCAUGCGUCGGGUGGACCCAGUCUAUAUCCACUUGGCUGAGCGAUUGGGCACCCCGGAGUUAAGUGCAGCUGAGCGGAAGGAGCUGGAGAACAAGUUGAAGGAGCGGGAGGAAUUCCUAAUUCCCAUUUACCAUCAGGUAGCCGUGCAGUUUGCUGACUUGCACGACACACCAGGCCGCAUGCAGGAGAAGGGUGUUAUUAAUGACAUCCUGGAUUGGAAAACAUCCCGAACCUUCUUCUACUGGCGGUUGAGACGUCUCCUGCUUGAAGAUCUGGUCAAAAAGAAAAUCCACAAUGCGAACCCAGAGCUGACAGAUGGCCAGAUCCAGGCCAUGUUAAGACGCUGGUUUGUGGAAGUGGAAGGAACUGUGAAGGCCUAUGUUUGGGACAAUAACAAGGAUCUAGUGGAGUGGUUGGAGAAGCAGCUGACUGAGGAAGAUGGUGUCCGCUCAGUAAUUGAGGAAAACAUCAAAUACAUCAGCAGAGACUAUGUCCUCAAGCAGAUCCGCAGCUUGGUCCAGGCCAAUCCCGAAGUUGCCAUGGAUUCUAUCGUCCACAUGACCCAGCACAUCUCACCCACUCAGCGCGCAGAAGUUGUACGGAUCCUUUCUACAAUGGAUUCCCCUUCAACGUAGGAAGAACUUCCUGCCCCUGGACUCAAGGGCUAGAGCUGCCUUUUCCGAUGAGAACCCUGGGAUCAAAGGCACCUAAGACUCAGUACUGGAAUCAAAGUGCCAUUUUGAUUCACAAAAUCUAGCCCAACUCCAAGGUUCAGUAUUUAUAUCAUCGGGACUUGGUCCCUCUUUGGAAAGGCAAUGAUGGGUACACACAUGUACCAGGAGGUCUUACUCCACACAGCAGCUUCCCAGCCUCAUGAGCCUGCAGCCACAGGCAGCGGAGGAAGGCUAGGGUGAGGCCCCAGAUCUGAGGACAGAAAAGGACCUCGACUUUGUGGGGUUUUGGCCCCCACCUUUGUCUCAACUCAUAGUGGCACAGGAGAGGAAUCCUUCUGACUUAAUCACACCACAUUAACUGCUUAUGAUGAGAAAGGAGGGCAUGGGACAUACAUGCUCCAUGAGAACUCAAAGCAGAGAGACACCCGAUCCAAGCAGCAAAGACGAUGGACCAAGCCACUGUCAUUACUGUGGAGGCCUCAAGCUUGGUUCCAUGCUUUCCGCCUACCUGUCCUCUCAGACUACAGGGGACAGAGGCUGGAAUGUCUCAGAAGCUGUAAUUGUUCAGCCUGCAGCAGCCCUGAGCUCUCUCCAGGGCAGCUGUCCCAUUCCCUUUUGGUCUUAUUUCCAGGAAUGUACACGGGUGGCAGGACGCCCUCCCCAUAGCUGCUGAAAAGUGCCUGGUAGCAGCGCUGUUCUUCACACCAGACCCCGGCCUUCCCCCGAAGCAGAAUGCUUCCUGGGGUCAUGGAAUCCACAGACCUUAGAAUUAUUCACAACUUGCCAUGGUGCUGCUGUCUCCCUGUUCCCUCCCUGGCCUGCGGCCUUCUCCAGGUGUGGAGAGAGUUUGUUUUCAACAACCAUUUAUCCCAGGAAUGAGUUUACUGGUACCCUGUUGGUUCUCCUAAAACAAGAGAGGCAGGUGGUCAAGACUGGUGAAGCAUCCAAUUCCUGCAGUGCAGCUAAUUGCAUUUGUCACUGGUGACCAAAGAGGAAAUCACUAAGAUAUUGUAGGAGUAGUGGUGUGACUGCUUCUGUACAAGCUACAGUUGUCUAGCUCACACACAGGAAAGCGCUGCAUGUAGGGCUGAACUGGGGUGACCAUCACUAUUCAGAUGCAAAUGUGCACCACCAGGGAUGGAGCUGGCUGCCCUAGGUGUGGGCAGUGGCUCUCAGCUCUAACCAGAUGAUUCCACUCAACAUUCUGCCAUAUAUGGCCCCAGUGACUCUGAGAGGCAAAGUGUAUUCAUUUACCUCCCCUCCAAAUUAUGACACUAACUGAAGGUUUCUCUUGGAACCCCAGAGGGCUGGCUGCCCACACUGUUCACAACGCAGCCCUCACUUGUCACACUGAGUCAUGGACACAUUCCCCGAGGGGCCAAAUGGAGUCUUUUCACAUUUUGUUGAAAUAAACCACCUUUGUAGAAGA